AUGCGCGACAUGCCGUCAAAAUUCGUCGAAAUCCUCGACUUCAAAGAUGCCCAUCCUCGCAUCUCUGACUCAGACGUGCGUCUGGAGGACGUCUUGGCCGACCACGAGGCCCUCGUCAGCCGACCUGUUUCCUCUACAAACAACUCCUCCAAAGUCAGCCUCGACAGGGACCGGGUAGAGCGUGCCUCCCCGACAUCACCGUCGCAGCGCUGGAAGCGAUUGAGCCACAUCCUCGCCGUCACAAGGCGACCGGUUUAG